CCACGCCUCUAAACUGUAUCUGCCCGAAAGAUUAACCACAACAGCAAGAAGCCAGGCGGCCGCACGUACGGGAUUCCGACGUCUCGCCCGAGACGCACGUGCCGACCAAGUUACACUCCACCUCGAUUCAACCCUCCGUAGAAUCGUAGAUAGAUCGCAGAUCCAGGAAGCAAGGAAGAGUUCAUUUGUUCAUCCCUCCCUCUCCUGCUUUAUCACUCCUUGUGCACCGUCCUGCGUGUAGCAAAGAUGGUGCAUUUCCCGAAGCUGGAGGAUUCCCCUAUGUUCCGAGAUCAGGUCAAUUUAUUGGAAGAGAAUGCAGAACAGUUAAGAGAUCGAUGCCAAAGAUUCUACAAAGGAUGCAAGAAGUUCACAGUGGUUCUUGGAGAAGCAUGCAGCGGUGAUAAUUCUUUUGCCGACUCACUGGAAUCAUUUAGUGGUGCACGUGAUGAUCUCAUCAGCAUAGCUAUUGGAGGUCCUGUUAUGUCAAAAUUCAUCGCAACUUUUCGUGAACUUGGUAGCUACAAGGAACUGCUUCGAUCGCAAGUGGAGCAUAUGUUAACUGAGCGCUUACUGCAGUUCAUGAAUGCCGAUCUUCAUGAUGUUAAGGAUUCUCGUCGGCGCUUUGACAAAGCCACACUUGCUUAUGAUCAGGCACGUGAGAAGUUUAUGUCUUUAAAGAAGUCCACACGACCUGAUAUUGUUGAAGGAUUGGAAGAGGAUCUCCACAAUUCAAGGUCAGCAUUUGAAAGAUGUCGUUUCAAUCUAAUAAGUGCUCUUGCAAAUAUUGAGUCGAAAAAAAAAUUUGAGUUUCUAGAGUCAGUCAGUGCAAUGAUGGAUGCUCAUCUACGAUAUUUUAAACAGGGAUAUGAGUUACUACAACAAAUGGAACCAUUCAUUCAUGAGGUUUUGACUUAUGCACAGCAAUCAAAAGUUGCAGCUCUUGCAGAACAGGAUGAACUUGCGAAAAGGAUUCAGGAGUUCAGAACCCAAAGAGAACUGCAAAAUUUGAGAAUAAAUAAGGAGCCCACAACAAGUGGAGAUGGUAUCCAUAUUGUUGGUUCAAGCUCUUAUAAGACAAUAGAGGCACUGAUGCAGGCGACUGCACAUGGUAAGGUUCAGACAAUUAAGCAAGGAUAUCUUCUAAAGCGAUCUUCAAAUCUAAGAGGUUAUUGGAAGAGAAGAUUUUUCGUGCUUGACAGCCAUGGGACACUGUAUUAUUAUAGGACACAAUCAAAUAAAAAUUUGGGUCAUCUAUCUCAACAAUCAGCAGGAAUAUCAGAAAGCAGCAUGUUUGGUAGAUUCAGAUCGUCUCGCCCAAGGGCAUCUUCAAUGGAUGAGAACCUUGGCUGCCAUACGGUGGAUCUCCAUACCUCCACCAUAAAAAUGGACGCAGAACAGUCAGAUUUGCGUUUUUGCUUCAGAAUAAUUUCUCCUGUGAAAACAUAUACUUUGCAGGCAGAAAAUGGAGCAGAUCAAAUGGAUUGGGUCGAUAAGAUCACUGGAGUUAUAGCAUCACUUCUGAAUGCUCCAUUACCUCUGGAGCAUGAUCCUGGAAAGCUGGAUAUGAUGCAUAACAGCUUUGAUGAUGCAUGUGGUUCCAAUUCUGCAAGGUUAGACAGUCGUGCAGGCUCAGAGGAUGGGGUGGUCACACUUCAGGAUCGCAAUGGUGUUGCCAGGGUUCUUAGAAAAGUUCCUGGAAAUGAUGUCUGUGCAGAAUGUGAUGCCCCAGAACCUGAUUGGGCAUCACUGAAUCUUGGGAUUCUUCUUUGCAUUGAGUGCUCUGGUGUUCACCGGAAUCUUGGGGUUCAUAUUUCAAAGGUCAGAUCCUUGACAUUGGAUGUCAAAGUUUGGGAACCUGUUGUCAUUGAUUUGUUCCAUCAUUUGGGUAACAGAUUUUGUAACUCUGUGUGGGAGGAGCUCCUUCUAAUUAACGAAGAGAGGAAACAUGAUUCAGAUAUAAAUCUCGCAUUUGUUAGCAAACCUGUUCCAAAGGAUCCUCUACCCCAAAAGGAAAAAUAUAUCCAAUCUAAGUAUUCAGAGAAAAUUCUGAUGAAAAAGUCAGAUAACUUGGAAAUGAGUGCACGUGCCCUACUUAUCUGGAAUGCUGUUGAAACAAAUGAUAUACAAGCCCUAUACCGCCUGCUGGUUGCUUCAGAAGCAAGUAGCAAGACUAUCUAUGACCUAGCCUUUGCAAAUGAGCUGUGUCACCCUGUAGAAAUGUCUGACUUGGAUGGGCACAGUGAUGAGAAGAAAAAAAAGUAUGAUCCAGCUUUUUGUCCAAACCUUAGGGCAUCUGGGAACUGCUGGCACGGUUGCUCCUUGAUGCAUUUAGCUUGUUAUGGGGGUGAACUUGCCACUGCAGAACUGUUGUUACAGUUUGGUGCAGAUAUAAAUGCUCGUGAUUUUCAUGGGAGAACUCCUCUUCACCAUUGCGUUUCUAUGAGAAACAAUCAGUUUGCAAAGUAUCUAAUGCGAAGAGGGGCGCGCCCAUCAAUUAAGGAUGCUGGGGGCCAAUCUGCGCUAGAAAGAACCAUGGAGCUUGGAGCAAUUACCGAUGAAGAGCUUCUAAUUCUUCUCACAAAUGAGUGAAAUAUUGUUCGAGUUCACAUUCAGAAUAUUUAUUAAGGGAAAUCUCCACGCUGCUUUUGAUCUGCUACUGUGGAUUCAAGCGGCUUAUUACAUAAGAAAAUAAUUCUUCUCCAUCAGCUCUUUCCCUCACCAGCCAUCCACAAAAUUCUUCCAUUAGGUAAGCCUAACACAUGCUACCUCUACGUUUCUAAAUAUUGUAAUAGCACCUAAGUUGCCUGUUUCACAUUAACACCUUGUUGAGAAAGGAGAUUAUGUAGGCCACACAAAUGGUCUUUGCCACCCUGGUGAUUAAUGGUACAAAUGAAUGGUUGUGGUGAAGUCUCACUUUCAAGUAAAAUUUUUUAAGUGGAGUCAAGGAGAGAGCCGUAUGGUUAUAGGUAUAAAAGCAAGGUCACAUUCUCAAGGUCUGGAGUACAGGGAGCCUGAUCAUAAUCAGGAGCUAUGAAAAGACUCUGUAUUCGCCAAUAAUAGUUUUGGAUC